GUGCUCUACACUCUACUCACUAUCCAUUCCAACAUACGAUUCACUUUCAUUCUGGCCUUUGCUAAAAAGUGUAUCUCUCUUCAAUUUUUUCAUCAAUAUAUUACAAACCAUCAACUACCAAACCAAGAAUAUUAAGUAUCAAAGGAUAUUUGCGGUUAACAUACAUAUCAUCACAGCAGUUGACAUAUCUACGCAAUUGGAAGUAUUUUUCAUCGACAUAAGAAGAACCAUCCUAUUGCUAUACAAACAUUUGAACUAUAGAUUCUAAUAAUAACAUUAUCAUUUUUGAGAUUGUUGUGAUACUUUUCAAUCAUGUUAACUAAUCAAUUUUUCGCUUAUUUCAUUUUUACUUUUUUGGUGUUGGUAGAUAUAUCUUACUGUCUUAAUGAUUUUAGAUGUCCUAGACAAAUACUUGGUAUUUUUGCAGUAGAUGAGUCAACUUUUUGGGAAGCUGAUAAUAUACCUUAUGAAGGACCUUUAGGAUCUAAUACACCAAGUAGAUUUUGGGCACCAAAUCAGAUAUUUUUAGAACGAACCAGGCCUGGUGUCACUACUAAUAGAGUUAUUGUGUCCUGCGUUCAAAUAACACCGGAUGUUCUUGCUAAAAGUGGCAGAAGACGCGACAGACACAAUUUUAUCCCGGCAAGAAUCUUUAGCGAAAUCAUCAACGGUGUGACAUUUAAAGACCACGCGGGACAUAUUAUAGCCCAUAAAUUGGGUGGUUCUUAUCAUGAUCAGAAUAUUAUAUCACAGAACCCUAAUUGUAAUACCGGUUAUUGGAGUCAUCACGUUGAAGGUAUUAUUGAUGUGUCUGCCAAUUACGCGGGUAAAGAAAUAUAUUACGGCGUUAAGGCGACAUAUGCCAUGAACGAUAAAAAUGAUUUUCCCACUAGACCAGUGAAACUCGACUCGAAAAUAUUUAUUAAAGAAGGGAAUUUGUUUAAACUCAUAGGUUCUUCAGUUGUAAAAAAUCCUCCUCCCUCAAACCCAUGUAAAAUUAUUUGUAACGAUUUGUUCCCGGUUGAUUUAAAAUACUUAGAUGACCCGCAAAAACAAUGUAAACGGCAAUCAGAUCAGGCUGGAAAAUGUUGGGCUUCAUGUUGAGUAAUAAACAAAUGCAUUGUGCCAUUAUUUAAGAUACCUAUAA